GGCAGCUCCGAAACCAUUUCAGUUCAGUGUUAUUCAGAACGUUGUUCAGUCUACAUCAAUUUUAAUUGUGAUUUUUUCGGUAAAGUUCGUUGUGAUAAAAAUGGAAAACCCAAGCGAGUUUACUGAGAGUUGUCCUGAGUUUACCCAGGAGCAACCUACCCGCCUGCCGCGUGUGAACGAGGUGGCCCAAAAGUUUCUCGCCGAUUUGGACGAGGAACAGCCACACAACCAAGACCAACCUACCCAGGAGCAACCUAGCAAGGAGCAACCUACCAAGGAUCAACCUACCCACCUGCCGCGUGUGAACGAGGUGGCCCAAAAGUUUCUCGCCGAUUUGGACGAGGAGCGCAAGCGAUUGUCCGCGGAGUUUCCACUUUGCGCACUGCUAAUCGACGAGGCUGUGGACCGUGUCUACAGCACUGGUCAUAUUCCCGGCAAGGAGCGCUUCGCCGACGUGUACCAGCAGAAGCCGAUGAAGAUUACCCAAAAGGUCUUCGUGCCCGUUAAUCAGUUUCCCAAGUUCAACUUCGCUGGCAAGAUCCUCGGGCCCAAGGGGAACUCACUGCGUCGCCUUCAGGAGGAGAGCAAGUGCAAGAUUGCCAUUAAGGGUCGCAGUUCGAUCCGCGAUCGUAACAAAGAGGAGCAGCUGCGCAGCUCCGGCGACCGGAGAUAUGCCCAUCUUGAGAAGAAUCUCUUUCUGGAGGUCAGCACGGUGGCCCCUCCGGCGGAGUGCUAUGCCCGCAUAGCCUACGCCCUGGCCGAGAUCCGAAAGUAUCUUAAUCCAGACGAUAACGACGAGGUUUGGCACGAGCAGUACCGCGAGCUGAUGGAAAUGAAUCCCGAGAUGGCCAAGAACUCUAACGCACUCAAUCAGCCGGCCUACAGAUCUGUCUUUGAAAAGACGAUUGGAGGCAACAGAACUGGGGUUCCCAAGUACAACAACCUGAUUAAGCGAGAUAAGGAAAAUCCGCCCGAAGUCGCCGAUACGGAGGAGGUGGCCUAUAAACAUCGUAUGCCCCCCAGUCGUCCGUCUAUGCGCUUUGAGAACAGAAUACCACGACCAUCAAUAAGAACCACAAACGCUGCGCCACUUAAACGUCCAUAUCCGUAUCCGACUGACGUGAAUCGUAUGCGCGAACAUCCCAUCAAGUCCUAUAAACCCAAUCCUGCUAUAUGGACUUAGGUUAUACAAUCCGUGGGAGCACAUAAAAAAUACUUAAAACACGAAGAAAUCAGCAUUCAAAAUGAUGAUAUCAAUGAAUAAACAUUAACAUUCUAUGAAUUAUAAAAAACUAAUAAAAUAAAACGCAUUGCUUGAAUUUUAUAAAUUCUUUGCAAUCCGAUCUAACAAUAUCUUUUAAAUUCUUACUCCGUAACUUACGCUGAGUCGACACGAAAGCUUAUAAGUAAUUUAAUUUAUUCUUUAACCGAAGAGAUUUCAUGGUUUCAAACUUUUGUGUAAAAUACAAUGUCAAAUCAAAGUAUGUAACGUAAAAAAUAUGUAAAAGUAAAAUAAAACCCAACGAAAAAAUCAAAUUAUAUAUAAAUGAAUAUUCACUGUCAUAAAUUGAAAAGUAGUUGCAAAAAUACAACUACAAUUUAAACAUGCAUACGACAAGUUAUGUAAAAAAAAUAUAUAUGUUAGAUACAUAUAGUUAUAUCUUUAAGAUCUCUUCUGAGAUAAAUAAAAUUUAACGGCGCCUUUGUGACCGAUAAUCAGUCAAUAAUCACGCGAUUUAUAUCCUUCGAUCGGUGGCACACUUCAGCCACAUGCCACAUGGGAUCGUAAAACGCAAUCGAGACUAUCGCUAUGGACUUUGGACAUGGCGAAGUCAUUCGCAGACAGUGUGGGUGGAAAGUUGGGCAUUAUUUAUUGGGAUCGGGCAAGGUGGGGGCCAAACAAUUCGGCUGAUGACAUUACUCAUCUAGGAUCGAGCCGGAGACAAACAAACAAUGGCGGUGGGUGACCUCCCUCUGAUAAGCGAGUCUCGGCCACCGUAUUGUAAACAUUCUGGAUUGUAUUUAUAGCUGGCGAUCGGCAAUCUGCAUUGCACCCGCACUAUAAAUACAGAAAGACAAUUUCCGUGUGCAGGGGAGAUCCAUCCACUUGGCAACAGCGUCUACGAUCGAUACCCAUUCACCAGUAGUAAAUCACCCGUCGUAAUACACCAUGAUUUCAUAAAAAAUCGCUCAGUAAUUGUCGCGAUUUAUGUACCCAGAUCCGUGUCGAUCUGAUUACCGAAAUCAUUUGUCUGGCGAAAUACUAUAUGGAGGGAGCGUUUCCCUGUCCGUUCGAUUGGACUAAUUAACUCAAAGCCGAAAGAAAUCAACAGGAAUUUCGUCUGAUUGCGUUAAUCUUCAGCUCCAAGGUUCAUUGUCGAGCCCAGGAAUCAUUGUUUAUUAUUGGUUCUAUAUACAUACAUAGACGCAUUCAAUGCCACUGCCCUGGAUAUUUAAACAUAUGCAGGGUCAAUACACCACGAAUUUGAUUUAAGCAAAGGUUUAACUUGCUAAAAAUAUAUGAAAGAGCUUUGGCGCAAUUCGAGUAAUUGAAUCAAUAACGAUUCCGAUGAUGUGAUUAGCCUAAUCAGCGCUGCAUUGUUUGUUUGUUUAGUAUACUUCAAACUAGGUCUUCAAAUAUAUACAAAUCAAGAUGGACUCAUCAAUCGGUUAAUCGCCUUCCCUCGCCGAGCAACUUUUCCCGGACCUAAGGCUAGCCAUUUUCCACAUCGAGAUACUUUAGUUUCUGAAUUUCCCCUUAGACUACGCAUCAUGUAAUCCUAGUACAACUUGCUCGUUCCGAAA